CAGGUGGGUGUGGGUUGUGUGUCGAACCACGGCUGUGUAUCUCUCCGCGUCAGAUGGCGACCAACAUCCCCAGCUGUGGCUGCAAGGGGCAGAACACGUGCUUUCGGUGUGAGCCUUUCUCCUCGACUGCUUACGAGCCGUUCGUUCGGCCCCAGGAUGCUCCUAGCUACGUGUUCUGCCCACUGUGCCGCCUCGCCUGGCCGGGCUGGGACGGAGACUCGUGGCGCUCCCACCCACACCACGAGGGACGCCCUCUCCACUAUCCCGGUGUCGAUAUCGUCCUGGACAUCAUCUCUGAAGAAGAGGAACGUUCGCUGAUGUCUGACAUUGACGCGAUUCCGUGGGAUCUGUCGCAAAGCGGGCGUCGUAAGCAGAACUUUGGUCCAAAGACGAAUUUUAAUCGUCGUAAGCUGAAGAUGGGCUCAUUCAAAGGUUUUCCGGAGUUUGGUCGGCGCGUUCAGGAGAGACUUACUCGCGAGCCGGUGCUUGCGGGAUACCAGACGAUCGAGCAGUGCUCCCUCGAGUACAAGGCUAAUGAGGGCUCCUGCAUCUCGCCACAUAUCGAUGACUGCUGGGUGUGGGGCGAGCGGGUCGUAACGCUGAGCCUUCUGAGUGACUCUGUCCUCACUAUGGUUAAGUACACGGGUGGUCAGGAUAAGUAUAACAUGACUUACGAACCAGCAUGUAGGUACAACCUGCCGAACCAACCUCACAGCACUGGUUCGCCAAACCACGAAGACGAGACGAAAAUGAAGACCUCUGCGCCUACAGAGAACGGAUCUGGUGAUGCCUCAGCAACUCCCAACCUCGCCAAUGUUAUCUCUAGUGAAAACAGCAGAGUCUCCAACGGCGGCACACGGGGUGCGUCUACUCCUCCCUCCACUACAUCCCCGUCGGCACAGGAGCCGCUGCUCUGGCACCAGCUCAGUCGGCCCCCGACGGUGCGCCUGCCGAUGCCGGCCCGCUCGCUGCUCGUGAUGCAGGCAGAAGCGCGCUACGAGUGGCUCCACGGCAUCCUCCGCUCGGAUAUCGCCGGCCGACGUGUCUGCCUGGCCCUGCGAGAGUUCACGCCGGCCUUCAUGCCGGGUGGAGAGGAGGAGCAGCUGGGUGCAGAGGUCACCGCGCAGGCGCAGUGCUUCUUCACGCCGCAGACGGCAAGUGGAGAGGUGUCCGCCUGAUGAUGCCAAAGGUAGCCUUGUGAUGGACAUGGUGAUGCAUGCGUUCUUUCAUGAUAUCGCGAACGUGUGUUUUGUACUAAGCUCACUGCUCUGGGCAGUGGACAGUACAGGUGCUAGACUGCGAAGUUGUAGCUUAUUAGGAGCAUCCCAACGGACAUAUUGAAUUGACGUCCUUUGUCGUCACAGAAGCUUUAUCCUAAUGGUAAAACAUAAGGGACGAAAUUGCUUGUGAACUUUGAGCUGUGUAGUUCAAACGUCCACGUGAAAUGUAAAAGGGAUGUCGUGCCUUUCGUUUCUUUUCCUAUAAGUGAUAUGUUUCUGAAAAAGCAACCACCGCACCGUGUCCGAAGUUUUUCGAUAUCUGAUUGUGUUUCAUCAGCAGCGUGCAUGUUCUAUAUCUGCAGAUGUUAUUUCAUUCAUAACCAAAUAAAGUUGUGUUCGUUGAUGA